UUUGGAAAUGUGAGAGCAAAGAUCAGCCCGUCCAGAAUCAACAGCAGUUAAACAUCCAGUGUGACCAUAAACCUCCAAAAAUGAUGCUCUCAAAAAACUGCACAGGCGAGGUGCUCAUAGAUGAAGAGCAUGUUUGUGCAUCCCGGUGGGAUGCUGGGAUGUCCAACAAGUUAUGUGACAGUCUCAAUUGUGGUAAGGCACUCUACAGCUGGACCACAGAGUCCAGAGAAAAAAAUACUUGGCAUUUCAGCUGCACAGGCAUGGAGACAUCGGUGUGGCAGUGUGGCUCUAGAAAAGACAGCUGUAAGAACAUCCUCUCUGUGGCCUGCAAAGAUAGUGUUGAAUUCAGCUCCACUGAGAAGUGUGGUGGGAAGCUUGUGAUCAAGUAUCAGGGGCGAUGGGAAUAUGUCUGUGGAAAACUGACUCUGAAUGAUAACAAGAAGUUUUGUGAUGUGCUUAAGUGCAAUGAUAGCCGAGAAUUGCUGGAUGAACAGAACAUAGCAAAAGAAAUGAUGGUCAAAAUUGAUUGCCCAGAAACCCAUUACAACAUUUUUCAGUGCAUGCACCAUCUCAAUAACAAUAAAUGCAGUCAUGGACCUGCUGAAAUCAAAUGUGAAGGUUAUACUCCAAAAGGAGGUAAUUCUUCAGUGGGUCUGAUAUUGGGACUGUUAGGAGCUGUGCUGGGGUUGCUGAUGUUGUUUUUAAUGUGGAGAAAUCGGAAACGUCUACUUUUAGCCUUAAGAUAUUACAGAAGUAAAAAGGGCAAAGACGUCAACCCGGAUGUGAAUGAAAUGGAUAAGAUGGAUACAGAGGACAGAGGAAAGACAUCGUUUUUAAAUAAUGAUGACUACGAGGAUGUGGAUUCUCUCAUGGACAAGUCAGGAGAGGAGGAUGAAGAUGACAGAAAGAGGGAUUCUUCUGGGACAGAAUAUGAUGACAUUGAGGGACAAGCCAAUGGAAUCUCUCCUUCCCAAACCCACCAUGAUGAAGACCUCGACAUCCCUCUCCUUCCCAAGAGACCCGAGAACAUUCUUGAUCAGGACACCUAUGAAGUGGAGACAGAGAAACAGGAGGACUAUGAUGAUGUCAUACCUGUCGAUGCUGCAACCAAUGAAAAUGCAGGCAUGACACGCACACAAGCUCAUGUAGAUGUAGACGUGGAUGAAGGUGCAGAUUCAGAUUUAGAUGCUGGUCUAUUUGCAAAUGCUGAUGCAGAUAUUUUGACCACAGAGGUAGAAGUUCACGCUCAAGCAGAGUAAUAAAGGAGCCAUGAGACCAAAUUGUUCUUUUAAGUUAAAAUUAAUAAGAG